CUACUGUGAUGACGUAGUGAUGAUUUUUGAAGAAACAUGGCGGAGAGCAACGCAGAUGAAACGCUAGGUGGAAAUGUUCCUAGAUAUGAAUCUAAUGCUUUAAACUCUCAAAUAAUUCAUAUAGGGUCAUUUAGAAAUUUGUGGCUUGAAACUCUGCCGCCCGAUCUGUAUUCUUACGAGACAAAGUCAGAAGAAAUUGAAAAUGCGCAAUUUGCAGAGCUCUUAGAAAUUCCCACAGAGACGCUGAACGAGCUCAAAGAUAUCUGCAGUGUAGAUUCGUUGAAGAGUCACUCUGAUGAUGACCAGCCAGUUGACACAAGUGUCGUGCCACCAGAUCCUGAACUUGCAUGUUUGCGGCUUCGGAAAAAACGACAAGAUUACAAAGAGACUCUUGUUAGAGAUAAUCUCGGAAGACACGACAACUACUCUAAUGAAAUGGAAAGUGUACACUUGGGGUUAAUGCCAGAAGAUUCUACCAGUGUGGUCCCAGCAGGAGAAAUCGUCCUGAGUUUCAACAUCAUCUACCCUGUUAUAUUUGAAAGGUUCAAACAUGUCAGGGCCUAUCAGACCCUGCAGGUGCUCGGAAGCCAGAAGCUGACCGAGCUGAGGGAUGCUAUCUGCUGUGUCAGUGACCUCCAAGUGUUUGGGGAGUUCAGCAAUACGCCUGAUGCCACACCCCAGUACAUUAGCAAGGAUCACUACAAGUCUGCUUUCUUCUACUUUGAGGGAGUCUUUUAUAAUGAUAUGAGAUACCCAGAAUGUCGGGACAUCAGCGAGACCACACGCGAGUGGGCAAAGACCCGUGACUACCCGGAGUUUAAAACCGCCAAGAUGGAGGACACCACUUUCUAUGACCUCAGGAUGAAGAUUGGUUACCCCUACUUUUACUGCCACCAAGGAGACUGUGAGCAUGUGAUGGUCCUCACUGACAUAAGGUUGAUCCAUGCAGAUGAUUGCAGAGACAGGACACUGUACCCACUGCUCGUCCACAAGCACAGAGUCAUCACACGGAAGUGCUGCGUGUGUCACCUGUACAUCAGCCGGUGGAUCACCACUAAUGACCGCCUUGCUCCCAUGGAUCCUUGCCUGUUCUGCGAUAAAUGCUUUCGCAUGCUUCAUUAUGAUGACCAAGGGAAUAAGCUGUAUGACUUCCAGGCUUAUGCGUAUGUGGACCCUGGAGUUUUCAACUAAGUCUCACUUUUCUUUGACUUUAUUCAUUUAAACAAUUUGUUAUUUACAUUACAUUUACCUGUUUUUUCCAUUACAAAUGAACAUGUAUAUAUUUUUUUAUUUAUUAAAGUGCCUUCAAUCUUUA